CGGUAAAGUCCAAUUAGGAGCAAAAUCAGUUGGGACAUGUUUGUAUAUUAGCCAAUGUUUGAAUGAAAAAUCAAACAAAUGCAUUUUUUUGCGGCAACAGCGGCAGCCUGACUUGUCGGAAAGAGAAGAAGAAAAACCCGGAAGUGACGCUAUGUUAACAUGACUGAAAGUGGCGCGCAGCUGUUUGCGCGCCUGGAUGCUCGUCGCAGUGUGCGCGACAUCGAACCUCGACUGUUCCCUGACGACGGAGGUCCCCUGACAGGUGAGGUGGUGGAGCUCUUUGGGUCGGAGGGAACAGGUAAGACGGAGCUUCUAUACCACUUCCUGUGUCGAGGCGUAUUGCCUUCAGCGGCCGGCGGUCUGGAGGUAGAAGUUGCCUUUGUGGACACCGAUUACACUUUGGACAUGUUACGAGUGGUCAGCAUCCUGGACAGCAGACUUGGCGCUGUUUAUUCCUCGGGCUCACCGUCUUCGUCACAUGACGCCAUGGUGCGUUCAUGUCUGUCCCGCCUGCUGGUGAUGCACUGCUCCUCAUCCUCCCAGCUCCUCCUCACCCUCCACUCCUUGGAGACGUGGUUGGCGUCACGGGCGGGCCUGGCGCUUCUUCUCAUCGACAGCAUGUCUGCUUUCUAUUGGCUGGACCGCUGUGAGGGCGGAGCCAGCGUCGCCAAGCAGGAGGAGAAACUGUGCAGGUGUACACAGCUGCUGGCUCGUCUGCUCAGGGAUUACAGAAUCAGCCUGAUGGCUUCAUGCCAUGCCAAUAGGAGGCGCUGCAGUGGAGCCUCCUCCUCAGAACUUGAGUGGCACUACCUGUGUCGCCCUUGGCAACGCCUAGUAACCCACCGCAUGCUGUGCUCCAGACAGGAAGCUGCUCCAGAGGGUGGCAAGGAGCACAAGAAAAGUCAGCUGUUCACCGUGCAUUGCACCUCAUCCCGCUCCUCCUCGUCUUCUGCCACCAAGGCAAAGUCAUUCAGGACUUCCUCCUUCCGCGUGACGGACGGAGGUGUGGAUUUUAUUUGACACUCAUCUUCUGCACUUUCAUAUGUCCUGCACUUAAGGAGCUUCUGAAUGUGGAGACUUCAGAACCUCCUCUGACGUUAUGUAAACAAGCAGGAGGAUAUUUGUUAGAUUGUUUCGAUCGUUGUUUCACUCUGUCACUUCUGUUUCAGCAUGUCAAGUUGAACAAUUUUUGUUUGCUUUUUGUUAAAUUCUUUGGUAAAAGAAGAUCAAAGUUUGAGAUCAUUUUA